AUGGUUGGCGCAUUUCCUUCACAUCCACGUACGUUUUCAGACGUAUCUUCAUCCGGCAGUCACUUUUUACUCCUAACUGGCGAAACAGCGAUCUAGUCUCCAGAAUCCUCUGAUUUUUGUAGGCUGAACUUUGCUUAGAAGUUACUGCUUAGUCCCUCAAAUUCUGGAAUCUGAGCGGAUGCUUGUUGAGCAAAUGUUCCCCACUCUUCAAAGCUGGGCGAACUAGACUUUGAAAAGGCAGGACAGAAGCGGAUAUACGUAGUCCUAGAUCGCCCGAAUCCCUCAUCUCAGUCAUUUAAGAUCUUUACGAACUUUUGAGAAUAAGCCUGCCAAUCGAACUUUUGAUGUUUUUGACUUUUCAGGUUGUCCUACAGGGUCGUGGUUUUGGGGAACAAAGUCAUCCCCUAAGAUGAUAGCAGGCUACGAUGAAAGUUUAUUUGGAUGAAUAAUAAAGAGAACUGGUGGAGAUACGAUGUUGAUAAAAUCGUAAUAAUAACGGUAUACAUUUUAGAGGUGUGCUGGGUGAUUGAAAAAACGGGCUCAAUAUGAGUGGUAACAAGCCAGAACUCCGAACAAUUGUUUGGUCUUCCAUCCUCAAGAGUGUAAAUGAGGAUGUCAUUAGCCGCACACGAGUGGAGACGAUGAAAUAAACCACGAAUUUUUGAUGAUCAGGUUCACUGUCCGUCAGAGAAGAUCAUACGGACUUGGCUAGAAUUUCCUCCACAAUAAACCGAAAGGUCUAUUAGAGGUUCGGUCUACGACUGCACCUCAGACAUAUUGGACCAAAACAAAUUGACUUCAUCGCUCACUUGAUAGGCACAUGAUGCCCAUAGCGAGCAUCACAGGUUUAUUACUUUUUGCACCGUAGAACUGAUCAUACCAACAGACCAAUGUAUUCGAGGGAUCAUUGAUAAGGACCCCAAGAGGAACUCGCCCGCCUUACGUGUUCAGACGAGUUGCUGUACCUUGCAGCCAAAAAUGUAAUGAAAAAAGUUGGGAGAACUUGCGGUUUUCAGGCAAAUUGACAGAAUGUAAGGUAGUGAGGGAAAGCUCUGCGGUAUGAGUGGUAAAUCCAGUGACAUGGGAGCUUUGGAAGGACUGAUGAGGAUUACGCAUGGUUUUGGGCGAUGGGAGAAACCGUAUAGAUUUAAGUGUGUGGGACGUACAAAAAAACAGCAUAGUGACAGCAGUAACAAGGCUGAUUAAAAUAAGCGCCGUCGAAUGUUUCAGACUGAGAUAUUUUUAACCAAUGAGUGAGGAUUUAUAACGGACGUUGACGGAAUAAAAAUACAAUCAGCAUAUAUUUCACGGAUUUGAUAUUUGUAAUGAAGACAUCGUCAUCCAAUACCGCUAGUGAAUGAGAUGCUGCAUUAUCAGUAAAAAUAAAUAAGUUGGUUUAUUGAGUACCCUUGGGGGUACUUUUAUAGCAAGUAAAAAUAAUUUCUCACUUUGAUUCUAGAACAAGUAAACAGGCUCUGUAGUAUUCAGUUCGGGCUUAUAGAACAAGCAGUCAGAUAUAAAAAUACGGUCAGCGGGCAGUGAAAAAACUGCUUCAUUAAAAAAAGACAGAACAAAUGUGAUUUGGUAACACUCAAAGGAGAACAAACUGCCGCUCAUAGGAGGGAAAAUCUGCGGGUCAGACAGGACUGGCUUGCAUUUGUUAAUUUAUAAGGGAUUCGGAAGGUUGCCAGCGUCAGUGUCGAAACGAAAGCAAACCGGACGUGAUCGGUCACAGUCUGCUUAAGUUCCAGCCGAGAAGUAGGCAUUAGAGGCUUAGGUGGUCAUCAGAGCGUACGGUGAGAUGCAACCAUCAUGCCUCCUUGCAGAGAGACCAACCUAUGAGUAUAUAGCCAAGACAGAGGAUCCCCUCGUGAGCGUCGACAGAUAGUAUUGGGUCGAAAUUAGGAGAUUUCAUAAAGAACCGCGAAAAUCAUCACUGCGGGGGAGGAGGGAUAACAGUAGACUUAGUAGCUAGUUAAAAACAGGGGUUGUAAAAAUGAAAGCGAACGUUUCCACGUGAUCUAUCAUUCCGUUCGGGAAUGAAACGGCCAAUGCUGACUUUAAAAUUUCAGGAGUCAGGUGUUUUCGUGAUUUAAAUUUGAAUACCGAUAAUUUAGGCGAUAACCUGAUUUCUGGGGGAAGAUUACUAUAAAAGAAGGCAUAGUUGGAUGCAAAAAGGAGGGAACGUUUAGAUGCAGAGCAAGGAGGCGGUGAAAUCAUCAUGGAUGAGUUACGCGUGGCAUUAGACCGAUCUCUAGGAUUAAGAGUGUAAAUGCAUGGAAGAUAAUGCUAGAGGCAUUACGAAAAAGGAGGCAAAGGCCAGCUUCGGGUCUUCUAAUCCAUAAAAACUUAAAGUUCGUUAGCUGACACCUUCGACUAUAAGAAAAGCUGGAUGCAGUUUGAGAGAAGAGUUUUCAGCAAAAAUACCCCAAACAUUUUCUAUUUUAUUACACUCACAGACGUUCAUUAAAUCAAAGAAAGGACAACAGUACUCGAGGACUGGGAAACAAACAUUUCAUCGAUUCUUAACUUCAUUUGCGGAAGCAAAAAAAUAUGUGAUAUGAACCCAUAUAUUUCUGCAACCUUGACAGGGAGUCAAUCUGCACGAGGUGAUAAAGCAAGAGUAUUUGUGUAACUUAAACAUAGGUCAUUUAUGGAGACGUAUUCUGAGAGUGGGCUAUUCUGAAAACUUAUGGGACCAGGAAUUUUGGCAGCACCCAAAAACAUGAAACUAGACUUUGAUGAUGAGAACUCCAUCUGCUUAAGCGUACUAAAUCGGCAUUAAAUUUUUUCAACACAAACAUUUGCCAUGUCCUUAGAAUAUGAGUAAGCAAACUUGAGGUCAUCGGCGUGGAUGAAGGUUUGCGAAUAUCAUUUAUGUAAAGGCGGAAGAGCAGCGGACACAGAACCGUGUCUUGAUGUGCGCCACUUGUGAUCGAGUGAGGUGUCGAGUAGCUAUUACUAACCAAAACUUUCUGAUAGUGGUUGGAUAGGUAGGACCGGAUGAGUCGAGCAGAGGAGUCGGAUGCCGAGAGGUGCCAAUUUUCCCAAAAGACAUCUAUCUGGCACCUUGUUGAGGGUUUUGCUUAGAGCGAAGUAGAUAACUACCACAGACUGCCGCUCAUUACGAAGAGAAGUGAUAGAAUUAAGAAAGGUUAAGGAACAAGUUUCGCAGACCCUGUCAGGUAAAAAUCUUAUCUGAUUAGAGAUAAGAAGGUGACAGAAAUUAAGAAUUUCAUUAAAAAUUAUCCUUUCGAGAAGUUUUUCCAGAGACGGUGUUUGUGUACGCCCCGAUAGUUACUAAAUUCGGACCGAGAUUCAGAAUUGAAGACAGGAAUGAUAAUUGGUGUUUUUCAUGUUUCAGGAAAGAAUCCUUUUGAAAUAUUAACCGAGAAUAAAUGACUGAGCAAUAUGGGAAAUUUCGAUGCCUGCUUAAUAAUCGAAUUUCGAGUCCCGUCCGUUCCUGAGCAGUGUGUUUUACAAACAACGUAUGUGUUUCUUUAUGAGAUCUGAGGAGACAUCGAUUGUACUCAGUGUCCUAUCUGAAAGUGAACGAAAGAUCGGGACUGGUUCGGACUCAGUAUUAAGGGGUUUUGCAAAGAAAGCACUAAACAACUUCGCCUUGUCAGUGUCAUCGAUGAGGAAUACUUUGCUAUCGUUUAGCAAGGGUGGAAUUCCGUGACCACACUCAACGGACGACCAAUAGCGGAAGAUUCUAGCGAUGAAUUCGGCAGGGUUUUGACUACUGAGGCAAACUAUUCUCUUUGUUUGUUUUUUUCGCGCUUGGCGCAAUUUUUAGAUCAUUUCAAAAUCUCUGUGAUUCUAUGAUGAGUGGAUAAACAAUUACUGGAUAGGUCACCCAGCUGCCGUCUCAACGUUUUUAGUCUUUUGUGAAGAAAAUGAGGAACAAGGGCAUCUGAACAACUAGACUUGAUUAUCUAGAAUAUCUUUGGAAACAUUGGGCAUGGCAUCACGAAGAAUGGUCGCAUCGCUACAGGAGAGGAAGCCAUACCAAUCCAAUAAUACAUUAUAGUUAUUUAUUUGGUCGUUAUCUACGCAAUGACAGUAUAGAUAAGUCCGAACCGUGCUUGUAUUUUUUGAAAAGGCGAGAGGUAAGCAAUAAUGAAUUAAUACGUCGUCACUAUCAAAGAGGCCCUUUUGGUAAAAAUAAGAUCUGAAAUGUGAUUAUCUCUUGAUGGAGAGCACACCAGAAGGGACCAGGUAGAAGAAUUAGCAAUAUCUUGGAAGGGCUGGAAUCUAGGUGGACAGGUAUUGGAAACCCAAUCUAGUUCAGUAAAGUUAAAAUCCCCACUUAUUAUUUUAACAUCGAAAGCAACUUCUGAAAUUAAUUUAAAGAUUUCACAGAGCUGGGAAUCAUCACCGGCUGAAGAAUUUGGGGGAUUGUAGAUACAGCCAAUAAUUGCCUUUCUUUGCGGCGAGAGAAUAACAAAUGCAAGGCAGAAGUUUCCCGUGAAUGAGGAACCAUCCAAGUAAUAGGGAGAGUGCUUUAGGUAGGAUUUAAGAUAAAGAAGACAACCGCCCCCCACGCCUAGUCGUGCGGUCUUGACGGUAAAAAUCGAAGUCGUCUAUGAGAAGGACAGAGUCAGGAAUUAGAGAAUGUGUCCAAGAUUCUGUUACACAUACAAGAUUGUCAAGAUUGGGUGUCAUUUCGACAACAGUGGGUGUGAUUUGGGCCAUCUUUUUAUAACACACCUGGCAUUCAAUAAUAUAACAGCUAAUGUGUUCCGAACAACAAGGCUAUUGUCGAUGGUAUUUAAAAGAAAGAAAUUUGAAGGCGGAUAUUUUAGCUGUGAAUUAAUUAUGCUUGGAGAAUAAGAACCAGCUAGCCUAGAGUCAUUGACGUUUGAGGGCUCAACAAGGGAAGGCUGGGCGGCAGACCUAAAGGAUUUGUGGAUAUAGUUUUCAAGCAUUGGAAUGCUAGGGGAGUUAGAACACGGAAAGGAUUGUUGGUAGUCAAAUUGUGGAGGAGAGGGAGGAAUGGGAGGGAGCCUAGAAGGAAAGAAGAGGCUGUUGGGGGAGGGAAGGCAGCUAUGGGAGCAAAACGGGUGGGAAACCACGUCUAGGUUCGAAUUCAAAUCACUUAGGUUGACUUACCUGAGAGCAAUUGACCUUAAGUAGCGGGAAGCCUGAACUAGGUUGGGACAUAAUGACUUAGGGCAAUUGACGUGUGAAUUAUUUGCUGGAUAUAUAGUAGGGCUUUGGUAUGUAACCGGUAGGCAGGAUAGAGAAUUAUUUGGGGAUAUAAUUGGAGCUGAGUGGUUUGUAGACGUGCUGGGUUUUAAAGACUUGGUAGAUCUAAGAGAAGACGGCGUACCCCUAAAUGGAACUGUACUACCAUUCUUUUGGGUCGGAGUCUGAUUCAGUUUUGUAGUAUUACCGUUCUGACGCCAGGUCACAUGGGAUUUAACUGUAGAGCUUGCAGGACCCCGUUGAAAUGGGGAAGUUAUCGGUCUAGGUGAUGUAGACGGAUUUUCAUGCGUCCUAGGGGGGCUAUCUGGAGGAUUAGGGACGAUAACUGGGGCUGCUGCUGCUGCUGCUGAUGAUGAUGAUGAUGAUGAUGAUGAUGAUGAUGAUGAUGAUGAUGAUGAUGAUGAUGAUGAUGAUGAUGAUGAUGAUGAUGAUGAUGAUGAUGAUGAUGAUGAUGAUGAUGAUGAUGAUGAUGAUGAUGAUGAUGAUGAUGAAAACGAAUUAACUAAGCCGGGUGGAUUUUUGCGAUGGGAGGACAAGCUUUUUGCAUCGGCUAUUUUGUAG